GGAUUUGUUUUGGUUUCGGCCGGCGAGAUGAUUCUCGAUUUCGGGCCGAAUGUCACAAGUCGGGAAAUAAUAAUGAUGGUGAACUCACUUUACACUCGCGUGUGGGGGGAAUUCUAGAGAAUCUAACCUUUUGCAGAACGCAUGCCGGGGAAAACAAAGUUUCAGACUAUAAGACAAAACGAGCACCUCUUCUGUCAAGUCAGUUCGCUACCGAUUACAAAGUCAAACACAUUUCUCUCCCAAGAAUAAGUAGAGCUUCUUAACGAAGUGAAUCCAAAUAGUUGACGAAGAGUUCAAGAAGAAAUCAGACACUUUGCCAAUCUCAAUUCAAAAUGAAAGCAUCCACACCCUUGUUCAUCUUUUCCCAAAUGGUCUUGGUCAAAGUCUCUUGGGCUGCAGUGGCACUUCAACUUUUGGAGAAACAUCCAGACUUUCCCAACCAAUGCUAUCUCCCAGACACUAAUGAAGUCUUCGACAUUGGCGCCUCUUGGCAAAUGAAAGAUCAAUGCGGUCAAAUGUAUUGUCAGAUGAUGGGAGACAACCUCUUCGUCUCACACGCCACAUGUGGCCGUAUUCAUAUCGACAGCUCCUUGAAUUGCGUCUUGAAGAGUGAUAUGAGCAAACCAUAUCCGGAUUGCUGCCCCCAACCCAUUUGUUCGGAUGACACCAACGAUGUUGAUACUGAGAACAAAGUGGACCGGAUGGAUGUGAUGUUCCAGCAUGCCGAGCGUCUGGCUGAACAAGAUAACGAUGUUGUUAUCGAGGCCAACCAAAACUCGAACGAAGAGCCCGCUUAUUAUUCAGACUACGCUAUUCAAGAAGCACCCAUCCUCGAUGACAAACAAGAGCCUGCUAAUUACGAUACGAGCUUAGGGGAUGAGGCGUUGUUUAUUCCCAUUACUAAUGAGCAAGAAAUCCGGCCGAGUCAAACAUUUAUGGAGUCGUUUCCAAAUUGGUUCCACACCAAUGGAGAUUUGUUGGCUCUGCCUCGAAAGUAAAGUGGGAUCAUCGAAUCUUCUGAAUCCCUCGUGAAAAGAAAAAAAUCCUCUCGUUAAUGUGAUAUUCGUUUUGUCCUGUGCAAAACUGUAUUUAAGUGUAUGUUAUGUCCCAUGUCUAUAACUAAAUGUAAUAAAAUGAUGAAAACAACAA